AUGAAACCUCUUACUUCAAUCCUCUUCUUCUCAUUUUGCAUAAUCGUUGCCUUCUCAGAACCAACGCCGGUAGUCACUGCUUCUGAACACCCUCAACCUAACCAAAUUCAAAUUCAGAAUGCUGUUGGUGCUAACACUCGUGCUUACACUGUCACUAUAAAGACAAGCUGUAAAUCUCCAUCUGGUACCAGAGAAGAAUCCGCCGCUGUUUCCAAUGCUCAAGUUCAGCACCUACAUCCUGCUGCCGGAGCUAGAAACCAAACUACCGGCACCGGCGGCGCUAUUGAACGGAAAAACUCCAUUCUCCCUUCGCCAGCAACUCCGCCUCUACUUUCUGCAAACGCACAGACCUCCCUCCUCACAACCGCAACAACAACCACGACGAACACCGCUCAACUUCCAAACCACGGCCACCCUCCGUCAACCUCAUCUCCUGAUAUUGGGCCAGAGCAAGUUCACCUUAUGGCAAAGGCAGUUGAUAUCUUAGAAUCAAAACAGAAUCUUAAAAUUCUACCAGUAUUUGUUACCAUUGAUCCUCAACGCGAUACCCCCCUCAUCUCGCCUUGCAAGCUUCAACACCAACGAACUUAUCAUCAUCACCACCAUCAAACAACUUCUCAACUACUCUCCGCCAGUUACCGAUUUCCACAACUAUCUCCAUCUCACUCUAAUGUUGGGAAGAAUAUGCAAAAUGAAGGACCUGGAUCUUCCGAGAAUGAAGAUCCUGAUUCUUCACGUCGUGCAGAUGCCUCAAGCAUCCAUAACUUGCACACUCUCGGCUCUAAUGUAUCGAAUCAUGUUGUGGUUAACCCCAGAAGUAGCUUGAGAUCUGCUGUAACGAAGUUAGUUUCCAGACCUGAAGAUGAGCAUUUACAUUACAGUUCAAAAUGUAUGAGUAAUGUCACCCAUUCCAAUGCUGCUAAUUCGUCUCAGACUACUAACUGUUCUCCAAAUUCCAAGGAUGGCCUUAACACAUCUGCUAUGAAAGUCAUUGAUCAGUUUAGAGGAUCAGAUUUGACCAAUCAUUUUCCAAUAGAUGUUGGGAGUGAUGUUGCUGGAAAAUAUAGUGACAAGGGUCUUUUUCCAUAUGAUCUGUUUGUCAAGCUUUAUAACUGGAACAGAGUGGAUUUCCAACCGUUUGGUCUUACAAAUUGUGGAAACAGCUGUUUUGCAAAUGCUGUACUCCAGUGCUUGGUACUUACUCCACCCUUGACAGCAUAUUUGCUUCAAGGACUUCAUUCUAAAUCAUGUGUGAAUAAAAAAUGGUGUUUCACUUGUGAGUUUGAAAGUUUGAUUUUAAAGUCAAAAGACACAAAAUCUCCUCUCUCGCCUAUAGGUAUACUCUCUCAACUACAGAAUAUUGGAAGUCAACUUGGUAAUGGAAGAGAAGAAUAUGCACAUGAAUUUCUAAGGUACGUGGUAGAAACAAUGCAAUCUGUCUGCGUUAUGGAAUGUGGGGUUGAUGCAUCAAACGCAUCAAAAAGCCCUUCCAUUUCUUCAUCUUCAUCCUCCUUCUCCCCCGCUUCCUAUUCUGCUGUUUCCUCUCCCAACAAACAUGGCCGCAUCCUCGUUCUAACCUGA